AAUUGAAGAACCAAUGAUUAUUGUAAGUUCUUUUCAAUAACUCUUUGUAUAUUUGUAUAUUUCAUGAUUAAAAGCGAAAACUAAUCAUGGUAUUGCAAUCUUCAAGAUAUCUUAAGUGAUAGGUAGUGACAGACGAAUUAAUCUUUAAUGUAGUUUAUUACAAAUUAAAAAAGAUUUAGCAAUAAAAUAUAUUGAUAUUAUAUUAUAUGAGAUACUUAUAAAAUUGAUAAUAAUAUAAAUUUAAAAUUUUUACAUAUCAUGAAAAAUAAUAUAACGAUAUAAUUCAUGAAGUGAUCAAAAAGUUCUAAUAAAUUUUUAUAUAUAACAUUUAUAAAAAACUUUCAUUUUAAACAUCAUUUUUUUUUAUAUCCAGUAAUUCUACAAUACGAAGUUAAAUGGUGAAGAUGACAUCUAUAGAUGAAGGAAAAUUAAAACAAAGUUUAUCAAAAUACCAAAAUUCUGAUAUUACAAAAAAACAUGUCAUGAAAGUUCUGAAUCUUUAUAAGGGUUUAAAAUAUAAUGUAGAACCAUUUGUAUUUAAUGACGGAUCACGUAAAGAAUUGUUUAAUUUACAAGGAACAAUACCUGUAUCUUAUAAAGGUAAUUAUUAUAACAUUCCUAUAUGUAUAUGGCUUAUGGAUACACAUCCCAAUAAUGCACCUAUGUGCUAUGUCAAACCUACUGCAGAUAUGAGCAUAAAAGUUAGUAUGUUUGUUGAUCAUAAUGGAAAAAUUUAUUUACCAUAUCUUCAUGAUUGGUUACCACAUUCAUCUGAUUUACUUAGUUUAAUUCAAAUAAUGAUUGUAACAUUUGGAGAACAGCCACCUGUUUAUGCUAAACCACGACAAGGUAUACAAACAAGUUCUACACCUUAUCCUGUACAGCCUUUCAUGCCUGCACCUGGAAGUGGAACACAUAUAUCUGGUUCUAGUUUUUCAUCAUAUCCUCAAAACUCACAAUAUACAGGUGGAAAUAAUAUUUAUCCUCCAUACAUGUCUACAACAUCUUCUGGAUUUCCAUAUCAAGGUUAUGGUUCGUAUGGAGGAACUGCAUCAAAUUAUCCAUCACAAAGUUGUACUGGUUCUUUUCAAUAUCCUGCAUCAACACAACCAUCUCCAACAGUACCUGCUACUGUUGGUGCAUCAGGUACAAUUACAGAAGAACAUAUUAGAGCUUCAUUAUUAUCAGCAGUAGAAGACAAAUUAAGACGAAGACUUAAAGAACAAUUUUCACAAUUGUCAGCUGAAUUAGAAACAUUACGUAGAACACAGCAAGAACUUACAAGUGGAUCUGCUCAUCUAACAGAUUUGUUUGAUAAAUUAAAAAAAGAGAAAACUGAACUUGAAAAAAAUAUUACUAUACUUCAAGAUAAAGAAACUGAAUUGGAAAAAGAAAUUGCAAAACUUUCUGACAAUCAAUCAAUAGAUGUUGAUGAAGCUGUUACAACAAUCGCACCACUUUACAAACAAAUGUUAAAUGCAUUUGCGGAAGAAGCAGCCACAGAAGAUGCUAUCUACUAUUUAGGCGAAGCUUUACGUUGUGGUAUUAUAGAUUUAGAUGCAUUCUUAAAACAAGUACGACAACUUUCACGCAGACAAUUUAUGCUAAGAGCUCUUAUGCAACGCUGUCGUCAAAAAGCAGGAUUGGCUGGUUAAAUAUUUUACUCAAUUUUUAUCAAGUUGUGCUAUU